CUGUGGAGACGGCGGCGGAAACAGUUCAGGCAGCAGGUUGUAGUUUUUGUUUUCGCCUCAACUUGCCAGCUGGUUGUCCUGGGCUGUUCCUGCCGGCCUGAGGAAGAGGAGGAGGAUUGGCUGCGUCUGUAGCCCCUAUCUGUGAGUGAAAGCCGAGAGCCCAGAGUAGAGAGCCGACCCUAGCCUCAGGCCAUCCCCACAUCUCGAUACCCAGCCUCCAGGCAUGGCUCAGGAGAAAAUGGAAUUGGACCUGGAGCUGCCGACCGCCCCUGCCCCCCCUGAUGGGGGCAGCCUAAGGAGAUCCAACAGUGCUCCCUUAAUCCAUGGGCUCAGUGAUAAUUCACAGAUUUUUCAGCCUUAUGCAAUCCGAACCCGGAGGAAUAGUACAACCGUGAUGAACCGUCACAGUAUGUUGCUGUCAUCUUCUCCUAUUCGUAUUCCUAGUAGCAGACUUCAUCAAAUCAAAAGGGAAGAAGGAGUGGACUUGAUGAACAGAGAAGCUGCCCACGAAAGGGAAGUGCAGACAGCAAUGCAGAUAAGCCAAUCCUGGGAAGAAAGCUUGAGCUUGAGUGAUAAUGACUUUGACAAAUCGGAGAAAUCAUCUUCCCCUAAGAGAAUUGAUUUUAUCCCAGUUUCUCCAGCGCCAUCACCCACUAGAGGAAUAGGAAAGCAAUGUUUUUCACCAUCCUUACAAAUGUUUGUGAGUAGCAAUGGGCUGCCUCCAAGUCCUAUCCCCAGUCCAACAAGACGAUUUUCAAACAGAAGGAGUCAAAGUCCAAUCAACUGCAUUAGGCCCAGUGUUCUUGGUCCUAUUAAAAGGAAAGGUGAAAUGGAAACUGAAAGUCAGCCAAAGAGACUCUUUCAAGGCAUUACAACUAUGCUUUCUCCUGAUAUUACGAAUUUGACAGAACUCAGUUCAUGUCUGUCUUCAGAUAUUCUGGAUGGCAGUAGUAGCAGCAUUGGCUCAUCCUCAGACUCACUGGCUAAAGUCAGCAAUGCCACAGACUCUCCAGUAACAUGUUCCAAUUCAUGUUCUUCGUUCCUCUUGAUGGAUGACCUUUCACCCAAGUGACUUAACCUUUUCUCAUUCAGUGUUCUGACUGUGCUGUUUUCUAGACAAAAGACUUGGGCAGGCAGGGAAAAAUCAUGGUUGAUCCUAAUUAAUGAAGAUUAAGAUAUGAAUUAUAAGAAAAAAUUAAUGUAACAUCCUUAUUCUCAAAGGUUUCAUUCAUAGAUAUAUUAACCUUACUGCUAGUUUUUGCAGAUUUUCUAUAAAUGAUGUUUAGAUGAUUAAAAUUAACUGCAGGUUGCUGUUGAUAUAUUUUAUUUUUGGUGCCUAAAUGGCUACCUCUUUCAUGUCCUAUAAGUUUAAGUACUGCUAUAUAGUUUCUAGUAUGGCUCCUUUCCCUAAUGAAAGUAUAUGACAAUUAUGAAACUGAUCAGAUAGUCUCUUGUUUGAGAGAGACCUCUGUUUCCUAUUCCUCCCAUUAAAUAAAUAACUAUAUUGCUCUUAAUUUCACAAAAGUAAAAGAUGUGCAUUGGUUAUAUUUAAGUGAUUUUUCACAUCAGAUUGAAAUAUGACUUCUCUUCGAGCUGCUUGUUUAUGGCCAGACCACAAACAAUAGUAGUUGCCAAUGAGUUGCUCUUUUGUAGUUAAGAUUGUAUAGAAAGAGGAGGAUUGGUUUUUAAUGUUUGAAAUGUUAAUAGAUUUGGUAGUGUGGCUGGAAUAAUUAAUAAGACUGUUCCAGAUCCCUAUAACCCAAGAGUAGUUGUAGAGUACCUAACAUUUUUUCCCCAAACUUGUGGCCCUGAAGAACAUAUAUUAUUCAUAUUUCUAGUUAUUUGAUGUCACAGAGAAGAAAUUUGAGCCUUGAUGAAAGAUGUCUAGUGUAUUCAGAAGUGACUAGCCAGUGUUACUUACCUAAAAAAAAUACUGUGCAGGAAGUGCACUUGGGGCCAUCAGUGUCCCCUGUGGCUUUGAGGUCUUAGGUAUUUUUGUUCCUCGGGACAUUGUUCUCUUAUUAAAGAAUAUAAACCCCUGGGGAAGGGAAAGGCAAAAGGAGCGCACCAUGUGUAAUGAUCUGAUUUGGGCUCUUGUGUACCUUUUUCUUAUUGCUUUUCAGCAAUACUUUUAGAUUUGUUUGCUUUCACCUUUAGUGAUGGGUACCAAUGAUUCAGUGCCUCUGCAUCAGUUUUUGUGUGGUAAACUAGAGAAGUUAGAUGGAUUUGAGUGGUUUUCAUGCUGCCUUGAAGCAAGGAAAAUCUCAAAAGUUUCAUUUCUAGGGAGAAAAAAGGUUUUGCAGCCUAAUAAUUGAAUAUUAGCUCUUUAACUGCUUUUGAUGUUUUAGAGUUCAAUUUGAAGUAUAAGGAGUAUACUUGCAGCAUUUUAGUCAGUCUGAGGCAGCAAAAUCAAGAACUUUAUAACAGGAAAAGCUAGAUAAUCCAUUGAUAAUCUACUCUCAUACUAUUUAUUAUUUAUAACUGUAAAAAGUCAGUGUGAAUUAUAGUAUUUUUUUAUGAUUACAAUUGUUUAAAUGUUUGGUAUUAACUGCUGGCCUGUCUAUUUAACAUACAAAAUUGCCUGCCAUCAGCUUUCAUUUUUGAGUGAUGGUUCAAAAUGCUUUUGUCUAAAAUACAGCAUUUGUGUUUUGUUUUGUUUUGUUUCUAAUGAAAAUAACACUGAAUUUGAAAGUGAAAUUAUGUGUUUGAAGGUAAGCAAAGAUUGGCAAUAUUGGGUAGCUUGAAUGGAGGGGAGAACUAGACUUUCUUUUCAGCUCUAACAAGGACAUGGUAUGGCUUACUGGAGUCUGAUUACAAUAUCUCGUGUUCUUUAUUUUAAAGUGUAAUAAUUAUGGUAGCCAAUAAUGAAUUUAUUACUUGUAUUCUUUUUAUCCGUGGAGCAUCACUAGUUUUCCCCAUCUCAAAUAGAUGUGGAUAUUGUAAAAUAUUAAUCCAUAGUGUGCCAUUUAAAAAAGAACAUGUAAAAUUAGUUCUACAGUAUUCAAUGUAUUCAUUUUAUUUGUAUAUGAACCAUAUUAUUUAAGAUGUUUUUUGCCUGUACAGUAAUGAUUAGAGUGUUUUAUCUUACAGAAUAUUUAUCUACUUACACUUUGCUGUCUUUUUUGCUUUAAAGGGACACUGUCAGCCAUAAUUUUGGGGCUCUGAAUUGAUUGAUAAGCUGGAACUAUUUGAUUCUUAUAGAUGAUUAAUUCCAAUUUUAAAACUUCAACCAUGAAAUUAGGGGGGAGGGAGCUGGAGAAGAAAACUUAUAUAUCCACAUAUUCCUGCAGUGUUCACUACUAGGAUAUAAGAGCCAGGACGUAAGACCCAUGAAGUCAUCUUUCAUUGUUUAAACUAAUACAAUGAAAGUUGAGAGGCAGCUUGGGAUUACUGGUUAGAGGCUAUAUCUUGGAGUUAAGAAAACCCAAGUUCAAGCCUUAUCUCUAACAUACAUUAGCUAUGUGACCACAGAGAAGUCACUUAACCUCUCAGGGCCCUGGACAACUCUGGGAUUCUGUUCCAGAUGACUUGUUGAUCUGCAUUCAGCAUAUGGAAGGCCCUAUACCAAUGAAGUCAUGGGUCUGGACCAAAAAAUGAUCACAUGUGAUCUGUCUGACAAAGAUUCUAAAUAAAGGUCAAUUAGCAAAUGAACAUUGUUGACAGUGUCCCUUUAUUUCCAUAUAAAGUUCACUCUGCCGUUUGAGAAAUCAUGUCGGUUAUGAUGUGAUUUUGAGGUCAUUAUUUAUCUACAUCCUACUCGCCCGCCCUGUUCUCAGUGUCUCAUUUGGCAACGUGUACAAGGGACGGGAGGACCAGUCUCUCUCGUGGCCAUCAGAUGGUUUCGUCUGCCUGACUUAUAGAAGUGAUGUAUUUCAUGAUUACUGUUUCAGGAGCGUUCAAAAGUUUUCUGUGAAAUGUUGGCCUUUGUAAACCUUAGAAUGAAAAUCUCAUAAAAUGUGAACACAUACAUAAAACUUUGUAUUUUCUUCAAAAAACAAAAACAAAAACAAAA